CCACCCUGAGUUGCUCCUACUGUGUGAUUUUGGCGUUCCGUGUCUCUCCUGAGAAGAAGAACGUGGAAUCAGGAUCAAGGUCCCGCUGGGACAACCCAGAGGACCUCGGCUGGUCCGAGGGACACCUGUGGUGACGGCCUUGCCAGGGUCUCAGCUGCAGCGGCGUUAUACCAUGGCGCCUUCCGCGCAGAGUAAGCUGGAUAAGGGCUGUGGAAUCUUUGAAGAUGUGGCCAUUUCCUUCUCCCAGGAGGAAUGGGAGUUCCUUUAUGCAGCUCAGAGGCACCUGUACCUCCAUGUGAUGCUGGAGAACUUUGCACUUGUAACCUCCAUAGGUUGUGCACAUAGAGUAGAUGAUAAGGAGGCAUGGAUGCACACUGUUUGUCUGGAAGAGGUGUCACAGUUGAGAGCUCCAAAGGCAGGUCCAUCCACCGAGAAGAUUCACCCCUGUGACAUCUGUGCCUUUGUCUUGAAAGACAUUUUACACAUGGCUGCUCCACUUGUGCAGAAGCUGUGCAUGACUAGAGAAUGUGCAUGUGUAGCCCGGAAGCCUCACACUGCAGAGAAUCCCUUGAAAUGGGACAUGGACAGGACUUCACUUGAGAAGAUGUGUGAAUUUUUUGUUUCUGGGAAAUUGUUCAAUUGUAAUGACCUUUGGAAGGAUUUCCCAACUCUUUUUGACCUUCCGAAGCCCCAGGUCAUUUCUAAUAAUGAGAGGACAAAUGAUUCUGAAUUAGAGGAGACAUUUAACCAUGGAAAAGGUUUUUCCAGGUUUGUUAACAGUAGCAAAAUUUCCAGCCAUAAAAAUGUGACUUUUUAUAACCUGAGAAUCCACAAUGGAAAAAGGCUUUAUAAGAACAGGAAGCAUGAGAAAGACUUCCAAGAUGGAUACUCACUUGAUCAGUACCAGUGUGUCCACAUUGAAGAAAGUCCUUAUGAGUGUAGAGAAUGUGGGAAAUCCUUUAAGAAUAGUUCUGCUCUUACUGUACAUCAGAGAGUUCACACAGGAAAAAGGUCUUACGAGUGUAGAGACUGUGGAAAAUUUUUUACACAACUGCACGUACUUAAAGAACACAGGAAAAUUCACAGUGGAGAAAGACCUUAUGAGUGCAGAGAAUGUAGGAAAUCCUUUAAGGAAAAAAAGGAUCUUAUUAUACACCUGAGAGUUCACACUGGAGAAAGGCCUUAUGCGUGUAGAGAUUGUGCGAAAUCCUUUAAGCAAAGAAGUGCCCUUAUUGUACACCAGAGAGGCCAUACUGGAGAAAGGCCUUAUGGGUGUAGAGAUUGUGGGAAGUCCUUUACGCAAAGAAAUUCCCUUAUUGUACACCAGAGAGGCCAUACUGGAGAAAGGCCCUAUGCGUGUAGAGAUUGUGGGAAAUCCUUUAAGGAAAAAUCUGCCCUUGUUUUACACAAGAGAGUCCACACUGGAGAAAGGCCUUAUGAGUGUAGAGAAUGUGGGAAGUCCUUUAAAGGAAGAUUUGGUCUUACAAGACAUCAGAAAGUUCACUCAGGGGAAAGACCUUAUGAAUGUAGAGAUUGUGGGAAAUACUUUAAGGAAAGACAUGCCCUUGUUGUACACAAGAGAGUCCACACUGGAGAAAGGCCUUAUGAGUGCAGGGUAUGUGGGAAGUCUUUUAAGUACAUAAGUGAUAUAACUGAACACCAGAAAACCCACACUGGAGAAAGGCCUUACGAGUGCAGAGAAUGUGAGAAAUCCUUUAAGCAAGGGUUUGAACUUACUGAACAACAGAGAGUCCACAGUGGAGAAUGGCUUUAUAAAUGUAGAGAAUGUGGAAAAUCAUUUAAGGGAAGAUCUGGUCUUACAAAACAUCAAAGCGUUCACACUGGAGAAAGGCCAUAGAAUUGUAUAGAAUGUGGAAAAUCCUUUGAGGAAAUAGGUACCCUUAUGGUACACCUGAGAGUGCACACAGACACAGGUAUAUUGAGUGUGGGCAAUGAGGAAAAUUCUUCAAACAAUGUCCCUUAAUUUACGCUAGAAAGUCCACAAAAGACUUAUGAGUGAGGAAUGUGAGAACGUGUUUGAGCACACAGUCAGUCUUAUUCACCACCAGAAACCUCUCGGUGAGGAAAACCCUAAUAUGAUUUUGAGUUGUGCUCAAGCAGCUUGAGUUGUUUUUCCCCAACCUGGACUCAAGCAGUCUUCCACACAGUUCACUUGUCACCAACUGGCAAGAUUUUACUGAAUAUGGUUUUGUGGUGAUUUGGGCAGAUUUUAUGUCUUCUGAUGGAUAACAGUACCAUGAAAUGGCAGAGCCCUGCCUCUCCUCCCUGUACUGUAACUCAUCCUCAUGUCUUGUCUGUUAAACGUUGACAGAUUCUACUGUCUUUAGAGGCCCAGUUCUAUGAAACAACCCCUUCUGCGAAUUGACCCAGCUUCCACCUGCUGUUCUGUGCACGUCAGGGUGUAGUUCAGUGGUAAAAGUGCAUGCCUACCCUAUGUAGUUCCCUGGGUUUAACCCCCAGUCCCAAAACAAAGAAAUCCUAUGGACCUUUCUUUUGGUGAGCCUUGGCCCCACUCCCCCCAUACUGUGUAUGCAUUUCACCAUCAUUUCUGUGGUAUCAGUUGUGGGCAUUGAAUAGGGGAUGUGUUCUUCUUUCCAGAAGAACAGGUGUAAUACUUCAAGACAAUGACAGAUC